UGUUCAGAGUUCUGGCUUGAACGUUUUAACUAGUCACAUUCCAGCGUGGGAAGACCACAGGUACGAGGCUGGUGAGGAAGAGAAGUGAAGAGAAAAAGGGAUGAAAAAGAGAGAAAGACGUGAAGAAAGGAGGAGAAAGAAAAAACUGUGAGAGGGAAGGAAAACAAAAACACAGCAAUAAGGAAACUAUGGGGGUUCAACACUACGGGCUACUGCUGCUGUUGCUGCUGUGGCUCGACUGCCACGAGUGGAUUACAGGUGCUGUGAGUAGCAUCAGUCCAUAUAUAAAGUAUUAUGAGGGCCUCUCAUACGACAGGGACGACCUUCACAGGAAGCACCUGAGAGCCAAGAGAGCUGCACAAUCUCAGGAUUAUACUCUGCAUUUGGAUUUCACUGCUUUUCACAGAACUUUCCGUCUGCUUUUGAGACAAAAUGCAGUAGAAUUCUCCGAAAAAUUCCGGGUGGUCAGUGAAAAUGGUUCCACAUCGGCUGACCUCUCCCACAUAUACUCAGGAACUCUAUGGGGGGAACAUGGUUCAUCCUGCCAUGGAUCCGUCUUACGGGGUCAGUUUGAGGGAACCAUCCACACUGACAAUGGGACUUUCCAUGUAGAACCAGCCUAUAGAUACACCAGCAACCCGACAGAUCAUCACUCCAUAAUCUACCACGAGGAUGACAUGAUCCUGCCCAACAUGACGUCUGGGUCUGGUGGAUUCUGUGGUGCAGAACAUCUAAACAUCCUCACCCAAAACCUCAGACUCAAUCAGGAGGCACCAGUGAGCCGCUCGAGGAGAACAUUAGACGAGUCAAAGACCAGCUGCCUGCUGCACCUCCAUGCUGACCACCUCUACUACAAGAAGUUCAAGUCUGUUGAAGGUGUUGUAGCUCAGGUUGCCUCCUACGUUCGGGCUGUGAACGACAUCUUCGACAAGGUGGACUUUGACGGAGUCAAGCUGAUCAACUUCAAAGUCAAAUCCCUCAGAGUGAUGACGGAGGAUGACAAGAACGAUCCUCUGAAUCCUCUGUACAUCGGCCCUGAGAAGCUGCUGAGUCUGUUCUCAGAGAACAACUGGGGGAACUUCUGCUUGUCCUACCUGCUGACCAACAGAGACUACAGCGGAGUGCUGGGACUCGCCUGGGAAGGCAAAGCUGGUAACUGGGGAGGAGUGUGUUCACAGUAUACGGCCUUCCGUAACAGCCAGACCUCCACCCUGAACACAGGUUUGGUCACAAUCCAGAACUAUGGACAGUAUCUGCCUCCUCGACAUGUCCAGCUGACGCUUGCACACGAACUGGGCCACAGUCUGGGAGCUCCGCACGAUGAAGGCUCCAACUGUGGGAACCUGGGCUCCUCUGGCGGCAAAGGAAGGUACCUGAUGUUUCCUCACGCCACGGACGAGGUGCGAGAAAACAAUGAUAAAUUCUCCCCGUGCAGCAUCAAACACAUCAGCGAGAUCCUGAAGCUGAAGAAAGACGACUGUUUCGUGGUCAGCGAUCAGCCCAUCUGUGGAAACCAGAUUGUGGAGGACGGUGAGGAGUGCGACAUCGGUCACAACGACAAAGACGCCUGCUGCUACAGCGCUAAAGAGCCUGUAGGAGUCCAGUGUCACCUGAAGCCUGGAAAAGUCUGCAGUCCAAGUCAGGGACUGUGUUGUGGUCAGGACUGUGAGUUUAAGCCAGCCGGUCAGAUGUGCGAUGAGGAGACGGACUGUCAGAAAAAAAGUGUGUGUUCAGGCCUCUCCUCGUUUUGCCCCGAGCCAAAUGCCAAAGAAAACCUCACCGUCUGCAGUCAGGGCACGCGAGUCUGCCUGAACGGGGUCUGCUCUGAGUCGGUGUGUCUGAAGCAUCACCUGCAGCAGUGCGACUGUCCAGGAGAAUCUCUGAAGGAGAAAUGCCACAUGUGCUGCCAGCAGCCUGAUAAGCCUGAGACGUGUGCCAGCACCACGUCCUCCGUUCUGUCUCGUCACUUCACAAGGAAAGCGUUGCCUCUGGUGGGCGGAGCUCCGUGCUACGGUAACCGUGGAUACUGCGAUAAAUUCCACGUGUGUCGAAUCCUGGAUGCAGACGGACCCAUCGCCAGACUGAAGAACUCCUUCCUCAACUUGGCCGACUUCGACGACGUGGCAGAGUGGAUGAAGGCUCAUUGGUGGGCGAUCCUGCUGGCCAUCCUGACAUUUUCCGGAGUGAUGGGUUGCACCGUUUGCCUCUGCGGUCGAACUCUGGACACGCGUGACCUGGAGUGACCUUUCAACCUCCGAGAAUCCAUCACAAUGACACACAAAUUCUUCUUAUGUGGGAUGUUUUAACCCUCCUGUUGUCCUCAUUUACGGGAACCAAAAAAUAUUGUUUCCUUGUCUGAAAUAAAUCCAAAAAUUCAGCAAAAAAAAUUGCAAAACCUUCAGGAAGAAAAUUCCAAUAAUUCCUUAAAAGUUUCCCUUAAAAGUUUUAUUUAAAAAAAAACACACACACAAAUUUGGCAAGAAAAUUCUUGUAAACAUUUUCAAAAAAUUUGUAAAAAUCUUCCAAAAAAAUCCUAAAAAUAUCUAAAGUGAUUCCAUAUAUAUCAGUAAAACUUCUAAUAUUUUCUUAAGAACAUUCACAAAAAAUCAACCAAAAUCCAGUGAAAUUCGCUGGAUUUUGGUUGAUUUUUUUUGUCAAUGUUCUUAAAGAAACAUUGUUAACAUUUCUUUUUUUUCCACCAAAAAAUGUUCAAUGAUUUCCCCAAAAUGUUGAAAAUGUGGACAUCAGAAGUUUCACUGUGAAAUUUUUUUUCUUCCACAUUUUCAAGCUUUAAAACGGGUCAACUUUGACCUGCAGGACGACACGAGUGUUAAAAGUGUCAAGGCCACAUGGAGGAGAUAUUUCCAACUUUGUUCCACAUGUCAAACAGUUCGUGAUCCGGCAGGUGACCUUAAAAGACACUGAGCACCUGCCUAGAGAUUGUCACGAUGUUUUGCCGGCUGACACUGCCGUUCGUCAUUGUGCAUCAUUACUUUUCCCUGUUUGCUGGCUUCGCUUCAUCGAGCAGCGAGGGCUCCUGUGAUGUAUGUGUUGUGGAAAAUGCUGCUGCUGCCAACUGUGGUCAGUCAGACCCGUCGUCCGAGUGAAGCUGGACUCCUACAACAAUUUAAGACCUCCACUGCCUGCAAACACUGCAAUGAAGUGAGCGCUAAUUUCAGCCUUUUGAUGACCAAGCAGCUUUCCAUCUCAGUGAGACGAGUUCAAAUUAGGGAUCAGCUGGACAUGACCUUUGCAGACAGGCCUGUCAUUUGAUGUUUACAAAGGGAGAAGUUAAUAAUAUGGCAUUUAGCGUGUUUGUAAUCCAAGUAAAUAACUGUUUAGGCUACGGGUACUGAAUGUAAACACAAUUUGGAGGCACUUUCUUUGAGUAGUUUCAUUUUAUUCUGUAUUUUGCAUUUAUUUUACUACAAACCAGAGUGAAAUAUUGUACAUCUUACCAUAUUUUACAACUUAUGAGCCACCUUAAAGAUCAAGGUUAGUAUAAAAGCACACCAUACGUACUAAAUGCAAUGCACUGUAAAGAUUUCCAACUUUUUGGGAGUUUUGACCUUUUCUAAAUACAAAAUGUGAUGAGUCUUAAGUUGGGAAAAGUUAGUAAUGUGGCAUUAGACAUGUUUGCAAUCUCAAAAAAAUACCUGUUUAGUUACGGGUACUGAAUGUAAAUACAAUUUGGAGACACUUUC